CCCGUUUCCCCGUCGUGCGCCAGGAGGCUGGCGAAGGAGGACGAGGAAAUCCCGGGCAAGAGAGGAGGGGGGAAGCCGCCCCCACCCCUCCCCGGGGAGGGGCAGAGGGAAAAGAAAAAGGGGUGUCCGAGGCCGUCUCCCUUCCCAGCGCUAACCGGGGCCGCCCCUGCUUAGCUCUGACGGUGGACCCCCCAGGGGUAGUGUGGCGCCACACCGGCCCCCGCCAGCACCGGCCUCGGCGCCGCUCUUGGUCCCCCCGCCCCGCCCCGCCCCGCCCCGCCCCCGCCCCGCUUUCCCCACCACCCGCUUUCCUUCACGCCGCCGCACACCCUCCCCGGCCCGGGGACGGACCGCCUUCCCCCGCCCACCCACCCACCCGCCCCCGAGACUGCUCCUGCUCCCGCUCCCGCCGCUCCCCUCGCCCCGCGCCGGCGCGGACCUGGUGGCCGGACGGCGGCCGGAGGCGGAGGGAUGUGGCUGGCGCUGGCGGCGCUGCUGGCGGCGGCGGGAGCGCAGUACGAGCGCUACAGCUUCCGCAGCUUCCCGCGGGACGAGCUCAUGCCGCUCGAGUCCGCCUACCGCUACGGCCUGGACCAGUACAGCACCGAAAACUGGCCCGAGAGUGUCAACUACCUGGAGGUCAGCAUGCGGCUCUACCGCCUGCUGCGCGACAGCGAGGCCUUCUGCCACCGCAACUGCAGCUCCGCCGGCCACCCCCCCGCAGCCGCCGCCGCCGUCCCCGCCGCCGGGGGAGCGCUGGCCGAGCUGCGCCUCCUGGCCGGGGUGCUGCGGCGGGCCCAGUGCCUGCGGCGCUGCAAGCAGGGACUGCCCGCCUUCCGCCAGGCCCAGCCCGGCCGCGACCUGCUCGAGGAUUUCCAGCGCCGCGAGCCCUACAAGUACCUGCAGUUCGCCUACUUCAAGGCUAAUAAUCUUCCAAAAGCUAUUGCAGCAGCUCACACAUUUCUUCUGAAGCAUCCAGAGGAUGAAAUGAUGCAAAGAAAUAUGGCCUACUAUAAGAGCAUACCUGAUGCUGAGGAGCACAUUAAAGACUUGGAGACAAAGCCUUAUGAGAAUCUCUUUGUCAGGGCUGUGAGAGCAUACAACGGUGACAAUUGGGGAACAUCCAUCUCGGACAUGGAACUGGCUCUUCCUGAUUUCUUCAAAGCCUAUGAUGACUGUACAGCAGCCUGUGAAGGCUCCCGAGAGAUCAAAGAUUUUAAAGACUUCUAUCUUUCCAUUGCAGAUCAUUAUAUUGAAGUCCUUGCAUGCAAAGUGCAGUGUGAGAGUAAUCUGACACCCAUUAUAGGAGGCUUUGUUGUUGAGAAAUUUGUGGCCACCAUGUACCAUUACUUGCAGUUUGCAUAUUAUAAAUUGAAUGACAUGAAGAAUGCAGCUUCUUGUGCUGCUAGUUACCUUCUGUUUGACCAGAAAGAUGAAGUAAUGAAACAGAACAUGGUCUAUUACCAGUACCACAAAGACAAAUGGGGACUUAAAGAAGAGGAUUUUCAGCCCAGAUCGGAGGCAGUUCGAUACCACAACAUAACCACACUCCAGUUGGAAAUGUAUGAAUUCGCAAAGGAACAUCUGAUGGAUGAUGAUGAGGGUGAAGUUGUGGAAUUCCUUGAUGAGCUGUUAGAAGUGGAGGAAAAGAAGGAAUCCUGAUGAGUGAAAUCACCACUAAGUAUUUUACAAAAGUGAAGACUCACCAUUGCUCCUUACUAUUGUUUUUGGUCACCUGUAGUUCCAGUUAGAUAUACCUCAAAGCUGCUCCUUUAAGCUCCACCUUAUGUUACAAGAUCCACUCCUGAAAUAUCACUUCCAUGCUGCACUGACUCUUCCGUGAGCAUGGCUUUUCACUGUGCAUUUACAAAAUUGGUGCAUAUGGAUUUCCCUCUUGAGCUUUUUUUCCUUUACACAAACAUAACAAAACAAUUUGUAUUUUCUGGGCUAACACUAAGGUUCCUCAUUUCAGUGCUGUUCUACUAAGUUAUAACAGUACAGCUACAUUCCGAAGAACUUUCGUGAGAUUAGGAACCACAGAAGACAUAAUAGUUGCUCUAGACUUUCUGAGCUAUGUAUUGUACUAUUUAUAUAUGUCUUUUUCUGUGAUGAUGAAUAAAGUGAUACUGAAUCCCAGUGUACCUGAAAGAUGUUAAGAUACAUUUAAGUAAGAUAAUUAGCAAAGCACAACUAGUGAUCUUGUAAAAAUUACUUCAAGAAUUCUGUAAGCAGCAUUGAUCUUUCUUAAAAAACUAAAUUAAAUUCCAUGAUGUGAAACUGA